AUGGCCGAACACCAGAGUGUCCACGGCGAGCAUGGCGGCUACAGUGAGGUCUUCGAGGAGGGUAACGACAGUACCCAGCAGUCGCAGACCAUACACCGCAUCCGCGCCAAUUCCAGCAUCAUGCAGCUGAAGAAGAUCCUCGAUAUUCCGUACCGUAAGUUGACACGGUUCAAAUCUUCUUUGAGCUCGUACGUAAUGCAUGUGUUGACUCGCAGGACAGGCCCACGAACUUUCGCUGCAGACCGUCGCAGUCUUCAGGUAGCUAUCGAUUGUUAUGAGGACCGACUCAGUAUGCACAGGCAAAAGGCCGACGAGGCGUAUGUUAUUGGAAAGCGUGGACAAUACACCCCAGUUGGUGCAUACCUGGCAGGGGACGAGAUCAUCAAGAUUGCCACACAACAUGGAGUUCAGAUGAUUCAUCCUGGCUAUGGGUUUCUCUCCGAGAAUGCUGAGUUUGCUCGUAAUGUCGAGAAGGCUGGCCUUAUCUUCGUUGGGCCCUCUCCAGAGGUUAUCGACUCUCUUGGCGACAAGGUCUCUGCCCGCAAGCUGGCAAUCAAGGCGGGCGUACCAGUCGUGCCCGGAACCGAAGGCGCUGUUGCCAAAUUCGAAGAAGUGAAGAAAUUCACGGACGAAUAUGGCUUCCCAAUUAUCAUCAAGGCUGCAUACGGAGGUGGUGGGCGUGGUAUGCGAGUUGUGCGAGAGCAAUCUGAGCUGGAAGACUCCUUCAACAGAGCCACUUCCGAGGCCAAGGCUGCUUUCGGCAACGGAACCGUUUUCGUUGAGCGCUUCCUCGAUAAGCCUAAGCACAUCGAAGUCCAACUCCUGGGUGAUAAUCACGGAAACAUCGUCCACCUUUACGAGCGUGACUGUUCCGUUCAACGUAGACAUCAGAAGGUGGUCGAGCUGGCCCCGGCCAAGGAUCUUCCACCUCAGGUCAGAACCAGCCUUCUGGAUGAUGCCGUUAAGCUUGCCAGAUCGGUCAACUACCGCAAUGCUGGAACUGCCGAGUUCUUGGUCGACCAGCAAAACCGAUACUACUUCAUCGAGAUCAACCCUCGUAUUCAGGUCGAGCACACCAUCACCGAGGAGAUCACCGGCAUCGACAUCAUCGCUGCCCAGAUCCAGAUUGCUGCAGGUGCCAGUUUGGCCCAGCUCGGACUGACCCAGGAGCGCAUCUCUACCCGAGGGUUCGCAAUCCAGUGCCGUAUCACCACAGAAGAUCCGGCCAAGGGCUUCUCACCGGAUACAGGAAAGAUCGAGGUUUACAGAUCCGCUGGCGGUAAUGGUGUUCGAUUGGAUGGUGGUAAUGGAUUCGCUGGAUCGACCUAUGAAAUCGCUCGCCGGAAGAUGCUUCGUGCUCUGGUCGAGUUCCGUAUCCGCGGUGUCAAGACCAACAUUCCUUUCUUGGCUUCACUCUUGACCCACCCUACCUUCAUCGAAGGUACUUGCUGGACUACGUUUAUUGACGACACUCCGGAGUUGUUCGAUCUUGUUGGUUCCCAAAACCGUGCUCAGAAGCUGCUGGCCUACCUGGGAGACGUGGCUGUCAAUGGCAGCUCGAUCAAGGGACAGAUUGGAGAGCCCAAGUUCAAAGGUGACAUCAUCAUGCCCGAGCUGUUCAAUGACGACGGCACGAAGAUUGAUACAACCGUUCCUUGCCAGACCGGCUGGAGAAAUAUCCUCGUUGAGCAAGGCCCAGAGGCAUUUGCCAAGGCCGUCCGCAAGAACAAGGGAUGUCUUCUGAUGGACACCACUUGGCGUGAUGCCCAUCAGUCGCUGUUGGCAACACGAGUGAGGACAGUCGAUCUCUUGAACAUUGCCAAGGAGACCAGCCACGCAUACAGCAACCUCUACAGUCUUGAGUGCUGGGGUGGGGCUACUUUCGAUGUUGCCAUGCGCUUCCUCUACGAGGAUCCUUGGGAUAGGCUCCGCAAGAUGCGCAAACUGAUCCCCAACAUCCCCUUCCAGAUGUUGUUGCGUGGUGCCAACGGUGUUGCAUACUCAUCGCUGCCAGAUAACGCCAUCUACCACUUCUGUGAGCAGGCAAAGAAGCAUGGUGUCGACAUUUUCAGGGUCUUUGAUGCCCUGAAUGACAUUAAUCAACUUGAGGUCGGUAUCAAGGCCGUUCACAAGGCCGGCGGUGUUGUCGAGGGAACAGGUAAGAGGAUUCUGGGAGAUAACCCCAAGAAGAAGUACAAUCUCGAGUACUACUUGAAGUUGGUUGAUGAGCUGGUCGCCUUGAAUAUACACGUUCUCGGUGUGAAGGAUAUGGCUGGACUUUUGAAACCAAAAGCCGCCACUCUUCUCAUCGGAGCCAUCCGCAAGAAGUAUCCCGACCUCCCAAUCCACGUUCACACCCACGAUUCGGCUGGUACCGGUGUUGCAUCCAUGGUUGCUUGCGCAAACGCUGGCGCUGAUGCUGUUGAUACCGCCACCGACAGCUUGUCUGGAAUGACAUCUCAACCAAGUGUCAGUGCCGUCCUCGCCUCGCUCGAAGGUUCGGAUCUCUACCCGGGAUUGAAUGUCCACCACGUCAGAGCCAUCGAUACCUAUUGGUCUCAGCUUCGUUUGCUCUACUCUCCCUUUGAAGCUGGCCUCCAUGGGCCCGACCCUGAUGUUUAUGAACACGAAAUCCCCGGUGGUCAAUUGACAAACAUGAUGUUUCAGGCAUCCCAACUUGGUCUUGGUGCUCAAUGGGCUGAAACCAAGAAGGCUUACGUGCAGGCAAACGAAUUGCUUGGGGACAUCGUCAAGGUCACACCAACGUCGAAGGUUGUUGGAGAUCUGGCUCAAUUCAUGGUCUCCAACAAGCUCAACUUCGACGAUGUACAGAAGCGAGCUUCCGAGCUCGACUUCCCAGGCUCUGUUAUUGAGUUUCUCCAGGGCUACAUGGGUCAACCUUACGGAGGAUUCCCCGAGCCUCUCAGAACCAAUGCCCUCCGCGGCAAAACGAAGCUUGACAAGCGUCCUGGUUUGACCAUGGAACCUCUUGACCUUGCUAAGAUCAAGAAGGAUAUCCACACCAAGUAUGGCAGCGUCACUGAAUGCGAUGUCUCCAGUUAUGCCAUGUACCCCAAGGUCUUCAACGAUUACCGCGACUUCGUUCAGAAGUACGGUGAUUUGAGCGUUCUCCCUACCAGAUACUUCUUGUCGCGACCAGAAAUUGGCGAGGAAUUUCACGUUGAGCUGGAGAAGGGUAAGGUUCUGAUCCUGAAGCUUCUUGCGGUUGGUCCGUUGUCCGAUACUACCGGACAGAGAGAGGUCUUCUACGAGAUGAACGGUGAAGUUCGACAAGUCACCGUCGACGACAAGAACGCUGCGGUGGAGAAUACCAGCAGACCCAAGGCCGAUGCUGGAGACAGCAGCCAGGUUGGAGCACCAAUGUCUGGCGUGGUUGUGGAGAUCCGUGUCAAGGAAGGUGGUGAGGUCAAGAAGGGUGAUCCGAUUGCAGUCCUCAGCGCUAUGAAGAUGGAAAUGGUUAUUUCUGCUCCUCACGCUGGCAAGGUCGGCUCACUCCAGAUCAAGGAGGGUGAUUCGGUUGGAGGCGCGGACCUCAUCUGUAGGAUUGUGAAGCCAGGCGAUCAAAAGUGA